AUGAAGAUCUUUUUCGGUAAUAAUUGUUUUGUGUUUUGUGAGCAGUUAACAGAUUUUGGGCUGUCAAACGUUGGCCUAAUUAACAGUACAGAUGAUGUAUCUGGUCCAGUAGUGAGUGGAACAUCACUAUUGGGUGAUAAUAAGACUCAGUCAUCUCUCUCAUCUCCACCUCCAUCUCCAUCUAUGUCUGCCACUGAGACUCAACAAGAAAGGCACAAAAACCACUCUGUUGUUGGACAACUCCAUACUAUUUGGCACCCAAUAUUCUUCUGGGAAAUGGACAUAGUAUAUCAGCGGAUUGGUGGUCUGUUGAUGAUAUUUGACAACAUUCUCAACCGUAACAUACCCUGGCCUACAGUGCCUGAUGAAAUGAGCCCUGAUGCCCAGGAUCUCAUUGAUUAACAAGAGAAACUUUUUAAUUAUCAUCUUUAAAAUUUAAAUACAUUUUUCUGAGUUCAAUCAUUGUGCAGAUUACUGACAGAAGAUCCUAACCAGAGACUUGGAGCUAGGGGAGCAACCGAGGUCUGCUUUCUUCUUUUUCAUGAUCAACAUUAAUCAUUGUGAUAAUUUGAUAAAUGCAGGUGAAACAGCAUCCAUAUUUUAGGGAUAUUAACUGGGAUACCCUUUCCAGGAAAAAGCUGCAUGAAAUACAUUAACUAUUAAACUUUGUUUGAUCUGAUCAUUUAAAAGAAAGUAGAAAAUACAAAAUAGCUAUGUUUUGUGUCAGGCUGCAUUUGUGCCUUCAUCAGAGAGUGCACUGUACACAAGUUAUUUCACAA